GAUAAUCUCUUAGCAGUUGUACCGGAGGGAAGGCGGAUGACAAUCGUUGCUGCUGAAGCCAGCAACGAGAGAGGAGACGAGAACCGCCUCGCCGUCGCGUACUCGGACGGGGUGCGUGAGGAGUGGCCAAUCUCCGCCGACGAAGCUGAACGGUGGCGCUUGCCGGCGAGCAUGGCGGUGCCCGGCCAGUCGGGUUCUUACCUCUUCCGCAAUCUCACCGCGCGUCCCUUUUGGGACGAGCGGAGCGGCGGGCUGGCUGCCUUCUGCUAUGCGCUCGAGGAGGCGCACUCAGAGAUGCGCCAGGAGGCGAUGCGUCUGCUCCGGGCGUCCCUUCUCGGCGAGGCAGGCGGCAGCGACAGCGAGUGCGACGAGGAGCCCCCAGCCUGGGCCUCGGCCCAUGGCGAGGGCCUCGUCGGCAGCGGGGUGUGGCAAAAGGUGCACCUGUGGACGGGCCGGACGCGGCACGCCGACGGCUGCGCGGCGCUCCCAAGGACUGCGGAGCUGCUGGAGCGGUUUGGCGACGCCGUCGUGAUGCGGGAUUCGCCCGGGCGCGCCUUCCUCUCGCUCAUGCUGCCGGGCACCCGCGUGCUUCCCCACGCGGGGCCCACCAACCACCGGCUUCGAGUGCACCUGCCUCUCGUGCUGCCGCGGAGUGACGCCGGCGGAGAGGCGCCUUGCCUGGUGGUCGGCGGCGAGGCGCGAGAGUGGGCGCUCGGGCGCGCCCUCGUCUUCGAUGACUCGUUCACGCACGAGGUUCGCUUCCCGCAGGGGCGGGCGGAGCCUGGGCCAGAGCAGGCAGCCGGCGGCGAGUGCGCCGAGGAGGGUCGGUGGGAGGCACUGCUCGCCCGGCUGCGGCUGCUGCUGGUGGUGGACGUCUGGCACCCGGAGGCUCGGGCGGCGGGAGGGCCGUUCCACGCGGCAGGCGGACACGAAGCCAGUCACAUCGGCGGUGCCAGCGUCACCACCUCGGCCGGCAAGAGAAGAAGACUCUCGCCAGACCACCCAUCUGCCGCGCGUCUCGAGACGAGAGGUGAGAUGUGAGACUCUCUGUUGUUGCGCGCCGAUAUGUUAUGUGUGCGACCGGUUUCGCGCCGAAAUGCGAAAUCGAUGAGAGG